AUGGCUAUUGACGCGCCAAUUGGACAUUCUGCGGAGAAGAGAAAUGAGUCUCCGAUAGUUUUCCCUACAUCAGGCCAAGAACUGAACGCUAUGGCGGAUGUCCUCAUUGAUAUCUUUCCUUUAGAUGUCGUAGGUAAUAUUUUUCUCUUCAUGACAAAGAAAGCAUUGAGAACUCUCUGCGAUGGAUUAUCAAACGACUCGGUACUCAGGCAACAUGCAAUCUCUGAAAUUUACAAACAUAUGAGAGUGACAACAUUGGACCAACUAGUCGAAGCUGCAAAUGACAAUGCUCACGUAGGGACGAUGCAAUUGCGUUACACGGACGAGUUCCUAUCAUUUUUCAAGGGAAAUCCGACUUUCACUUCUAACAUAUCCAAUGUUGAUAUCCUUGCUCUGCUUCCUUGUGACUACACUUUAGUCAAAGAGAUCCCGUUUCAAAGCAUUUCACGUGUCUGUUUAUAUGGCUUGAAAUCAUUUGAACCUUCAAGUGUUCCUCAGAAUGUGAAGCUGUUGGACCUUAAUUUCCUUUUUGACCAAAGUUCAGAGAAGAUAAAGGAGUGGCCACCUUCAUUGACUAGCUUAAAUAUCCAAGGACACAACGAUGUAGGACUCAUAGAGCUUCCACAGGGACUCAGAGAACUCUCCUGUCAAGUUCUGAAGGGGUUGUGGGAACUUUAUCCUCCAAAGCUCGCAAAAUUAGAGCUCUCUAGGUUAAAGCUGUUCCCAAAUCUGAUUCUCUUUCCGAAAUCGCUCCAUGAAUUGGAAAUCUCUGCUUGUCAGGGUCUUGAUGUUGAGAGAAUAGUGGCCAAUCUACCUCCGAAAUUGAAAAAGUUGUGCUUAGCGUACACCUUUGGUGGCUUGGCGUCAGAUCUCGAGUUUCCAGAUUCGAUCGAAGUUCUAGAACUCAGGAGCUGUAAAAUUGAGAGUCUCGAAGUCUUAAAGUUUCCCAAAUCUCUAAUUAAACUCAAGUUGAAUGGAAAUAGAAUCAAGAAGUUGGAAAACUUGCCCCAAUCACUCAAGGUACUACAUGUGCCAGGAUGCCCGAUCACUUCGUUUAAUGAUUGUGAGUUUCCUAGUCUGCUUCGAGAGCUAUAUGCUUACGGCAUUCUUCUUACCAGUUUGGAUGGGGUCACGUUUCCCGAUUUGGAAAUCCUAGACAUCGAAAUAACACCUAAAAAUGCGGGGCAAUGCAUCAAGAGUUUGAAGAAUGCCAAAUUUCCGAAUACACUCUUAUCACUAAGAGCCUAUGGACAUCAUGUCGGAGAUUAUCUGGAAACAAAAUUUCCCCAAGGCUUGUUGGAGUUGGAGAUAUCGGUCAAGGGGAAGCCACAGAAUAUAUCCUUCCCUCCGGAAUUGGAGUUGCUCAAGCUAAUACUAUCGAAUGGUCGAACUAGUCAGCUUUCUCAACUCAAUCUUCCAGCAACGUUACAAGAGCUUCAUAUUGAAAAUGGGAAAUGCUCUGAGUUCGACUGGAACCUUCCAGACUUGCAGAAUUUGACUUUGAUUAAUAUCAAAGGUCGAGUGAAUGUACCUUCGUCCGUCAGUAAACUAAUUAUUCGGGUUGGAGUGGCACAAUGGUUGGAGGGUAUGACAAUCUCUCGCGAAAUGGAUGAUUGUCAGAUUACAUGUCGACAUGGCAAUUUCAAUGAAGAGGUAACCAAACUCAUCGAAUGCUACACAGUUGAAAGGAUGACUCCAACUUUGAACUUACGUGAGUUCAAGCGGCGAAGGAUUAGUUAG